AAAUCGCUAACUCGAUAACUCGUUCGAGUUGUUCGUGACGUUCGAAAAUACCACACUACAUCAUCAUAACCUUAAACGAAUCUAUCAUUGGAUAUUUUUCUGUGGGGUUGGAGUAAUUAGUUGAAAAUGGCGAUUAACAAUUGGUGGAGAGAACCUGAUAUGGGAGGUGAUAAUUUCGUUGGGAGCGCGAGGGCUGCGCGGCGUCGCGCAUGUGGCGCAACGCGUGCGGCACGCUCGUGGCGCCGGCCGCCGACCAGGCCUGGCAGGAGAUCGUGGACGCAGCCCCGCCCGACUCCGUCUGGCACUCCUUAAGAAAUUGUAUCGCUUACCAGGCAGGAGUGUGGCAAAAUCUGUUGCUGAAGGGCAUCCCGGAUGUCAUGCAACCGGCCGCAUUCAAACUGGCAAUAGUUCUGCGUCACACACCUUCCGAGCUUACUGUGAAGCUGCUAGCUGACUUGUUGCAUUUGCAUCCACAAUCUCAAGAUUUGACAGCAUAUGUCUUGGCCCUUUUAACUGACGACGAGGCGUGGUGCGGCAGCUGCGGGUCCAGCGCGGGUCUACCCGUGGCGUGCUCGGCGUCGGGGCUGGCGGGCGCGAGCGGCGGCUGCGCGGCGGGCGGCGCGCCCAUGCGCGACCUGCAGCUGUUCGGCGACUGCGAGCUGGCCGUCAUGGCGGCCUCGCGCGAGGAGUACGACGCGCACGCCAAGCUCGUGCGCGCCGAGUACGCCAACCUCACGCAGGAGAACUACGUCGAGCUCAGGAUCAAGAUAUUAAACCAAUUCGUCCAAAUCCCCAAACUCUACAACACUUUUGAGUUCGAGAGCUUCGAGGCGGCUGCGAGGGAGAACAUCGAACGUGAGAUUUGCACCCUGCGGGAACACUUGCUGACGGGAAGGCACGAAUAGCGCCGGCUUUUCACUUAUGACUCAGAUGAUUCGCUCAGUUGAAUUGUAGAGUCAUAGUGAAACGCUGACUGUACCUGCAUUAUUUGGAUUUCAAUGUGUUUUAUUGAAACAAGAGAAUUAGUGACUCUCAUUAUUAUAGUUUGUUUUUAGUGUGUAAAGACAGAUUAACUGUAGAUUUAGUUUACAUUUUUUUUUCGUUAUUAUGAGUUGUGUACUCUUUUGUAUGUAUGAUAUUUUAUAGUUGAUAAGGAUUUAGUUAUUAUUAGCUAAUGCCCGGCAUGCAUUACAAUAACUCUUAUAAUAGUUGUGCAAACAGUUAUCCAAUAUAAUUCUCGGGUCACUUUAUGUUUGUCGAUGGCCAUACAUUAGGAAUCUACUCAUUAAUGUCAACAACUGAACAAAGUUUCAACUGCUUCACUGGUGACACAUGAUCAUCUUACAAAAAAUGUUUCAAACAUGUCGUCUUUUAAAAGAUCAUUUGACAUAAUUCAGUUUCCAAAAUUCACUGAAUGAUGGAGGAUGUUCUAUAAUUUAAUUUAUAACAAAAAUUGUUUUCGCCCACAGCUUCGCCCGAGUGUGAGGGGGUUGUUAGCUGUUACGUCCUUUUCUGUAUCCCUGAUGAUUAUUUGAACAGUUAAGACAAACAAAUAAACUAAUAUACUAAAUUUCGCAUUUAUAAUAUUAGUAAGGAUUAUAAAAUUCUAACCUAACCAAUAUAAUUUAUUGAAUUGUUCAUCAAAUGAUAUUUUAUUAAUUGAAAAGUCUUUUGGUAAUCGUUUGUCAAAUAAAUGAUUUAUGGUACCAUUUCUAUGUAUAAUGUUGAAAACAUAUUCAUAAUAUUUGUCAAAAAGUUUUUGUAAAAUUCAAUUUGUCAUAUAUUUAUAAUCAAAAAACAAGAGGCCAUUAUUGUUCAAUGAUAUGAUUGGUAUUGGAAUGCCUAUGGGACAAAUAAAGUAUUCAUUUUUAUAUAUGUAGAUAAAAUAUGCUUAUAGUUGAACAUUGAAAUUAAUAUUUCAGAAUAUAAUGGAGAUUUUAAAUGUAAUUAAAAAUAAUAUAACAUUAGUUAGUAUUGUAGUGGUUGCUACUCGCUAGUUGGUAAUUUUAACUACCAUAAACUGCUUCUGAUAAUUAAUACGUAAAAUAAUUAAAAAACAGUGAAAUAAAAGUAAAAAGUAUAUAAAACUAAAGUUUGACUCCAAUUAAUAAAUAACUCAAAGAAGUAUUUCAUAUGCUAAAAAUAAGCAUUUUGGAUAUUUAUAAAAAUAGAUUUAUAAAAGCUGUGUGCUAAUUAUCAGCUAAACUUAUAUAUUUAAAAACCACUUAACCUUCAAUUGAAAUCAUUUUUACAUUCAAUGAAUUUUUCAAAUGUAUUAUAAGUGUUGCAUUUAUUCUAGUGUUGCUAGACUAUCUAUAAUAAAAUUUUAAAUAUAUAUCUAUUUGUGUAAAUAGUUUAGUUUUAGCAUAUUAUAUUAUUAUUUGUAUCUUUUCAAAUGAAUUUUAGAAACCAUAUUGUUCAACUUUGUCGAGUGAGUUUAUCGUGAUAGUGUUGCUAGAUAUUUUAUUAUAAGUAGAUUUAAAUUUUUUUGGAUUAUAAAUACAUUUAAAGGAUGAAUUUUCAAUCGCCAGUUAACUUUUAUUUUAUGACUUCUUUAUUGUGACAGUAUUUUUACAGAACAUGUGUCAGUGUCAACGUUUUUAUUUUUACAAAAGUUAAAUGGCAGUUGAGAAAUCGCCUUUGUCUUAAAUGGAUUUGAAUAAUAAUAAAGUAAUGGCUAGUAUCUAUAAACGUUGUUUAGCUUGUGAUACUUUCUCUCUCUCUGUCAUUAUUGACUUGACAUUCAAAAGAAAAAGAAAGAUAUUUAUUUAUAAUCACACUACAACAUUUAUAAACGUGUCGACUAAAAUUAAAGAAAGCUAUUAGAAAAGUAAGUAAUUUUUUUCUGUAUUUAAUCAUAGAAAUUGAAUUGAUAUGAGCUGUGAUUUUGCUGUCAAGUAAUAUUUUUAUGUUACUCUGCUUACUUUUAAGUAGAAUAGUUAAGAUAGGCAUGUAAAAUAUUCAAAAUAACAUGUUACACUUGUA